AUGACAAUCCCACUAAAACCUGGCUGGGAAUCGCGGUUGCCAGAGCCCAAAAUCUACCCAGUCGGCCCCAAGAAUCGCGGAGUCAUCGAUGCUACGUUCCAAUCUCUCCACGACCAAGGGAACCGUUGCUCGUACCGUCCCUUCCUCAUCUUCAUGAGUAAACUCCCAGAUGGAUACGUCGUUCACCACUUUUCCCGUUUCAAGUUGCUCUGCACCUAUGCCAAAAUUCUUGUCGAGUCACUUCAGCCAAAGUCAGAAAGCCAGUGGCUUGUCGUUCUCGGCUUGUCCCAAUCAGCUAUACGAAAACUCGAUGAAGACCAGUUCUUUCGAGGGGAUCGAGUGUCGGAAGGACAUGCUGGGCUAAUCAAGAUAGUCCCUUCCUUCGAGCACGACCCGGUUACAGAUGGGUUUACUAGGGUACUGGAUCUUUCUCUUAUCGGAAUGGGACUUGUGUCAACAACCAGUGGGAAGUGGGUGGCCACGACGACGUAUAAGCCGACUGCGAACAAGGGAAACAAGCUGACCAGGGAUUUCUUCCGCCAUCUCGCCACCCGUCUGCCCCCGGGCCCCCUCCCGGCUGGCCAACCCUCACCAUUGAGACGGGGCUAUCUGAAUCGUUAUUUCAGCUCAGACAAGAUGCCCUAUGGUGGCCCAGGAAAAGUUGCGUGGCGUCUUUGGUUUGAGAAAGAUGAUCUAUGGUUUCGAGGGAUCAACCCGAAAUCGCUGAUGCUGUCGAUGUCAUUCUUUGUUCCGGCCAUAUCGACUUCAAAUUCCGACACGUUCGGCCCAGGAAUUUACGCCGCUAAUGACUUCGAUGAAGGGGCUAAAUAUACCCACCCUCAAGGAGCUCUGAUGAUCUUCAAGAAUCCGGACUUCAGAGACCUUUCGGUGUGCGAGCCGGGAAAAGACGAAUGGAACAAUCUGACGGCAACCUGGCUUAAUAUUACAAAAAAGAUGUUAAAAUAUCUGAUUCUCGCAUUGAUGCCGACGUUAUCAAAGGGCCAAUUUCAAAAAUUUGAGAAUGGUGACACCGAACAACCGUUGAGGCAUGCACUAGGCCAAAUUGCGCAACACAUGCUUGAGACACGCCUGAAAUACGGAUUCUUAAUACGAGCAAACAAUCUUCCUGCGAAAGGCAGAUGUCGGUCGAGUAUGGGGGACUGGAGUAUUCUCCAAGGAAGCACAUCGGGUACAACAGUGUCAUUUUGUCAGAGUCUUUGUCAUGUUGGAUUGCUAGCCCUCGCAGACUCAGUUUUUAACACAAGCACAGGCAUGCGGAACCAGGUUUGGACGCGUAACGCCUAA